CAAGGAUACGAGUGUCCAGGAAAAUACAAUCCCGCAGACUUUUUAGUGGCGAUUGUCGCCACAGGCUCGAAGAACGAGAAUGGCGAACAAGUAGCUCGCAAGAUGUGCGAUGUUUUCUCAACUAGUGAAAUUUGCAACGAGAUCGAUCACCGCGUUUCAGAGAAACAGAUAGAAUCGGUGCGUGUAAGCGAUUUCCCUUUCCCCUGGCAAACGAAAGAAGCACGAUACUGUUCACGACUCUACUGGUUGAUUUAUCGAGAUUUCUUGCAAGUUGCGAGAGAUCCGUCGAUACAAAUAAUUCGAAUACUUCAAAAAGUGAGUGUCGCAGCAGUCGCCGGUUUGUGUUUCGUGGGUGCUGUAAAUUUCGACCAACUUGGAAUUCAAGCGACGCAAGGUGUCCUCUUCAUCUUGGUCUCUGAGAACGCAUUUUUCCCAAUGUACGCCACGUUGGCCUUGAUACCGCAGGAGUUGCCGCUUCUUCGGAGAGAGUACCGAGCUGGAAUGUAUCCGGUCCAUUUGUAUUACACUGCGCGUAUACUCUCUCUGGCAAGAACGAAUCCAAGGAUCCAACUGAAUAUAAAAACGCAUCGUCAGAUACCUGGUCUGAUCAUAGAGCCGAUAUUAUUCGCAACGAUCGUGUAUUGGCUGGCUGGAUUGCGAGAUGACGCGGAAACUUUUGGACUCACGUUGCUUGUACUUCUGCUAACUAUAAACGUGUCGACUGCCUGCGGAUGUUUCUUCUCCACGGCGUUCGAAAGCGUGCCGUUGGCCAUGGCGUACCUCAUACCAUUCGACUAUAUUCUCAUGAUUACCAUGGGUCCUUUCCUCAAACUAGGAUCGUUGCCGGUGUACGUUCGAUGGAUAAAAUACAUUUCCUGGCUGUUGCACUCUAGCGAAGCGCUCAGCAUUCUACAAUGGGACGGUGUGCACAAUAUAUCUUGUGAAACAACCGAUUCCGAGUUGCCUUGCAUCACCGAAGGUAUCGACGUGCUACGUCGUUACGAUUUCGACGAAAGCAAUUUUUGGAUAGAUAUGCUGUCGAUGGUCGUUAUUUAUUUCAUAUUUCACAUUCUUGCUUGCACCUGUCUAUGGAAUCGUUGUAGAUGCAAAUGAAAAAGUAUAUUACCUACGACCUGUGUAUCACGCUACCAAUUGUCAAUGAUUUAUUUCCAUUUGUACUUUUACGUAGCGACAUGAUAACUGUUAAAUGAUACGAUAGAGUAUUUUUUAACGUAGUGGAAUGAUUUCAUUGUUUCACUAGUUUCACGUUUCCGUAUCGAAAAUUCGAUAAAAUUCAACGAAGUUAUAACAGGCGAUCAACUUUGACCGUUUUAUUUGUAAUUCUCCGAUUCCUCCGGUUUUCCGUACAUCGCAG